GAGUCGCGGUGUUUACACGGAACUAUUACAGGGUCGUACAGCUGUACAUAAUUAUCCAGCAUGGCGUCGGGUCAUCUAUCCAGGUUACGAUGUCUAAUUUCGCGAUUUCCUAACAACAGCAAACUGCGACAUGCACAAACAUGUUUGGUGCCAGCUGUUCACAAGUCAAGCAGCAGCAGCAGCGGUCCCUCACUCGACGCCUCCAGCUGUAACGUGGAAAUCGGUGUGACCUCAGACGGGAAAACCAUAGUGUGCUACCAUCCAUCUGGCGACAUUCCCUAUGAACUUACCCAGCCCAUAGAGCGUCCGGACCCGCUGAGUGCACCGCCCGAGACGCAGGACCAGGUGUUGAAGGCUCAUCUCAGCAGGGAGGUGCUGGGGAACAAGCAGGGGCCCACCAUAGAGGAGCUGAGCAAGAUGUUUUUCACCACCAAACACCGCUGGUACCCAGUGGGACAGUACCACAUGAGACGCAGGAAGAAGGAUCCACCAAAGGACAGAUAGGUAGAGGUCGUCUCUUCAGGCACCGAGCCACAAAACUGCGAGCUGUGUUUGUUUGUCUUAUUGUCACAAUGCUGUAUAAUAAAAUGCUAAAUAUGAAUAUGA